CCUGUCCUCCGUGCCACUGGCACCACCCAAGGCCCCCGUGCUCAUCCCCUCUGGCCUUGCUGGUGGCUGCAACUUCCCACCACUCCCAGCCAGGUGGAGUUUGUGCACUGGUGUCUCCCCGGCAGGGCCAUCUCUUGUGCCCUCCUCCUGCUGUCCCACAUUUUGGGGUCCCUGCAGCGCUGGGCUCACCAGGGCUAAAGGUGGCCCCGUGCCCAGACACCACCGCACACCCAGCCGGGCUCUGCAGGCUGUCCUGGCUCAGCGCUGCCCAGGAUGACGUCCCCAGGGAGGGGUGAAUGUCCCCAGGGGCAGCGGGCGGGCCGGGGGCUGUGCUGCCCAAAUUGCGUCACCCCCGGUGACCUGGGACACACACGGGGCAGGGAUUUGGCUGCGGGGUCAGCAGGGUCCCCACCCUCCGCGGAGCCUCACGUGCUGCACUCCCACCCUCGGUGCCACCGACAGGGCUGCAGGGACCCGUGACACGGCCCCGGUGACAGCCACCCACCGCCCCCGCUUUGGGCAGCUCCCAGCCCAAACCAUCCCUGGGUUGGUGGUGGGAGAAGGUGGGGCCGAGGAGGAGCCUCCCCGUCCCGUUAUAUUGAAAGCGCCCCAUUCUCAAGCUCUCUUUGCUUCCAUCACAUCGCCAGGUCACAAAAAUGACGACCUACACAGACAAAGGAGAAAAGGCUGCAUCCUACUACUGCAACAAGCUGGGCUUCGAGGAGCUGGCCUACCGCGGGCUGGAGACCGGCAGCAGGGAGGUGGUGUCACAUGUCAUCAAGCAGGACAAGAUCGUGUUUGUUUUCUCAUCCGCUCUGAACCCAGGGAAUGAGGAGAUGGGGGAGCACCUGGUGAAGCACGGGGACGGGGUGAAGGACAUCGCCUUUGAAGUGGAGGACUGUGACUUCAUCGUGCAGAAAGCCAAGGAGCGUGGUGCUGUGGUGGUGAAGGAGCCGUGGGUGGAGCAGGACAAAUUUGGGAAAGUGAAAUUCGCAGUGAUCCAGACGUACGGUGACACCACCCACACCUUGAUAGAAAAGCUCAACUACAAGGGCCUGUUCCUCCCUGGGUACCACCCACCCCUCUUCAAGGACCCCCUGCUGCCCAAGCUACCAAGUGCCAAGCUCAGCUUUGUCGAUCACGUUGUGGGGAACCAACCUGACCUCCAGAUGGUCCCAGUAGCAGACUGGUACCAGAAGAACCUGCUCUUCCACCGCUUCUGGUCAGUGGAUGACAAACAGCUGCACACCGAGUUCAGCGCCCUGCGCUCCAUCGUGGUCACCAACUACGAGGAGACCAUCAAGAUGCCCAUCAAUGAGCCAGCCCCUGGCAAGAAGAAAUCCCAGAUUCAGGAAUACAUUGAUUACUACGGAGGGGCCGGAGUCCAGCACAUCGCACUGAACACCCCCGACAUCAUCUCAGCAAUCACCAACCUGAAGCAGAGGGGCAUGCAGUUCAUGGAUGUGCCCUCCAGCUACUACCAGGUGCUGCGGGAGAGGCUCAGAACUGCCAAAAUCAAAGUGAAGGAGAACAUUGACAAGCUGGAGGAGCUGAAAAUCCUGGUGGAUUUUGAUGAAAAAGGCUACUUGCUCCAGAUCUUCACCAAACCAGUUCAGGACAGACCCACGGUCUUUCUGGAGGUGAUCCAGAGGCACAACCACCAGGGCUUCGGUGCUGGGAACUUCAAGUCUCUGUUUGAGGCCAUUGAAAUGGAUCAGGAUGCCAGAGGAAACCUGACCGUGCUGGAGCCCAACGGGGAGACCAAGAGGAUGUAGGGGAUGGCAGCAAGUGCCACCCUCAGCCCCAAGGAGCUGAACCCCAAAUGAACUGGGAAACACCCCACGUUUUGGUAAAUAGCCCAGGCUGGAGUGCCACAAAGCCAGGGAAGCCACUGCCAAGCUGGACAAUGCAAAAGGACCCAACACCUCUCCCAGCCCAGCCCUGGCACUGCCCUCCCGUGACCUCCUGGGAGAUGGGGCGUGGGAAAUAGCAAACACACUCAAAAAGCAGCUUAAUCUGAUCCAAACCAUGGAAUUCUUAACAAAGGGCAGGUUUAGGGCAUGUGCCAAAGACAUGCAGCUACAGAGGAAGACAGAAGAAACAACUGGGAGUGCUCAAAUUUAGUCUAUCCAAAGUUUUAAUUUUAGCUACACGGGAAGCUGCGAAAGCACAGAGGCAUUUUCCUCUCUGCACAUCUCCUUUUUUAAGAUUUUGGUUUAAUUGCUUUUAGACUCAAUCUUCAAUUUGAAUUUGCUGAGAAUAAACAUGGUUUUAGGGUAGCUACAA